AUGUUGCAAGAAGACAAGCGGCUGAUGAAUGAGUUUUGUUUCCAGGUAGUAUUGUUGGUUAUGAGCGCUGAGGUUUGGGAUUCAAAUUCUGAAGACUUCAUCAUAGCUAUCAUUGCAGAGCUGAACAGGCCCCACCACUUGCGUGUCCUGUGGCUUUUGCAGCGAGCGAGCUCGAUGAUCACCUCCCACGCGUCCCGUAGAUUACAGUACUCGGGCGGGUCUGCUGCCCUGCCAACAGCGAGGGCGAUCGCAAGUAUCGUGGCUAUCACCUCCCUACCGAGCGCCGAGCAGCAGCCUCUACAGCUCGUCGUCGACCAUCGCCUCAAGCGUCAUCUCAAGCGCACCCAUAGGCAUCCGGCCUCGACCGCGCCCUCGGAGUCCUCAUGCACCUGCGCACCAAACUCUCCGCCGGUGGGUGCCAGCACGCUACGCUUCGCGACACCAGACUACGGCAUCAACGACGCGGGCCAAAAUCGGGUGCGGCGCUUUGUCAAUGACGACACCAGCUUCAGCGUACUUCCGCCUGCCCAAUCGGCCAGCAGUUCCUUAUCGAUGGCGCCCUCUGCGGGCCUUGGGCCGGUGUUCGCUUCUCGCACAGCCAUUAAAGCACGUGCGAGCAAGCUGUCCGAGCAGGCUGUACUAGGAAUAGCCCACGAGGCGGACGACCAACCUCCUCGUUGCACGGUGCUUGCUCGUCACUCUGCCUUAGACCAAGCUACAAUCUGUCUUGAACGACAUAUCCAUAAUUGUGCAUUGUCCUUCUUUGGGACAUACUUUCGACGUCGAGGAACCGUCCAGCCGCACGCGCAUUCGUUCGAUAGCUCGAGGACACCGCAUUGGCUGGAGCAAGCCAUCCCCUCGACACGACGACAUUGUCCUGGAGUAGGACGUUGGUGUAUGGGCAAACAUGUCGCUGGAUCCGCAGUCGGCAAGGCGUAG